AUGGUUGUUCCGAACGAUUCUUCCUCCACUUGCCUUGACAACGUUCCUUUGACAGAAAAGGCAGCAUUUGUCGAGUUGGAUUCUUUAUUUGUCAAUGUUGACAGCAAAGCAUGGUCAGAAAGAGCUUGUGACCGAGCCUUGACCAUUCUCCAACGGCAUCCCCGUCUCUGGAGUCUGCGAAUGGGUCCCUCCAGACAAAAACCGCUUCAUUUGUUCCUGCUCUCUCCCGCGGCUUCUCGUUUGGAUGCGAUCCAAGCAAUCCGUGGCAUGAUGACAGAAGAAGAAGACCUGAAGAGGACCGACGAGACCGCACUUCAUUCUGCCUGCAAGUCCCGCUAUGCAUCUGAUCAAGUCAUCCAGUUCAUCUUUGAGAACACCAACCCUUUGGCUCGAGUUCAUUGCAAUGCGCAAGGCAUGCCUCCCUUGGUCUACCUCUUUAUGGAUCCAAACGGAACGGGACGGUCUUCACCGAACCUUUCAGCCUUGAAACUGCUGCUGCAGGCAUCUCCUGAGUUGGUCAAGGCGAAUCAUCCUAGUAGUGGCAAGGACCAAGAUUUGCUGGCCGUGGCCAUGUCAUUGGGCUGUUCGUCUGAUGUCUACAAUGUUUUGUGGGAGUAUUAUCCAGAGGGACAACAAAGCUUUCGACUCUGCUCCGACUACCACGCAGGACCUGAUCGACUGGACAUGCCCGAAGCACAAGUACUCUGUCAAAUGCUACCCCACUUGAACACCUUGGUUUGUCAACCACAGCAGUGGGCAACCGCACAGGCCAUGGACACGUUGUGUCAGCAUAUGGCCACAAACACAACAAUCACCGAGUUGGACAUUAGUCUGUCCAGUGACACCAUGACACCCGAGUCUUGUCAGUUGUGGACCCACAUGCUACAGGCCAAUACCACACUGACAAAGCUCAAGAUUCAUGCCGAAACGCAUCAAAUGGUCCAACUACCAGGACGACGAGUUGUCAAAACCUUUCGAUCCUUGGUAUCCAAUCAUGACGACGAUAGUACACUGCUACAAUCCAUUCUUCAGGGCUUGUCACAAAACCAGUCACUACAAGAACUGGAACUCUCCUGCUUCAAGUUUCCCAGCACAGCCCUGCCUGACACUCUACAACAAACACCACCCUCUGCACCGCUGACCACACUGCAGCUGACGCAUUGCUACAUGCCAUCCUACCAAUGGUUGAGUCCCUUGUUGACUCCAUCGCUGCAACAACUCACCAUGUCGUUUCGGCAAGAACCCAAGGCACCCAAACCGCAGGACAUGACGGACACGUUGGUGCAUAUUCUAGACCAUUGUUCGUGCCUGCGGUCGCUCCACGUGGGCAAGCAUGAUCCCUCCGUUUUGGGAGGUGUGGCCACCCGGGUGGAUGACGUGUUGAAAGCCUUGCAACGCAACACCAGCCUGCAAACUUUGGCCAUUCAUUCCUUGUUGGAACAGACACGCCACAAACAACACUUAGAACACAUCUUGCAACGCGGAGGCAACACCACAUUGCAAGAGCUUCCCUAUCCUUCUUUUGGAGAGUGUCUGUAUUCAUCCUGGGAAGAUUGCGAAGAUGGGAAUCCCGAAGCAUUGGGGCGGAUUCCAUACUAUUUGUUGUGGAACCGGUUUGGACGCCAUCGGGUGCAACAUCAGGGUGAUUGCACCAAACCCAAACUGGUCGAACUUGUGGGUUGUGUCAACGAGGCAUCUACCGAGGAGUUGCCGCGGAUAUAUCAACAGGACAUUCUAUUUGACCUUUUGCUAGAGACACCUGGGGUUUGGGCGUGCUAA